CGGUGAUCUGAUCCCCGGGGCCGACAUGGGCUGCGAGGAUCGGGAUGUCAGCGAGGAAGAUCCGGAGGUGCUGGAGCUGGAAGGACUGGGCCGGGUCUCCCCUUCGGAGAAGAAUGGAUGCAUCCAGAAUUCGCCAUGGGACACUGACGGGCAGAGCGGCGCACUCUGCGCCGAGGGGGGCACGGAGGAUCCAGGUGACAACCCUUUCACCCCUGAGCGUCCCCCAGCUGUGGUCACCCAGGACAGCUGUCCCCACAUAUCCUGUGUCCGGCUAAUGGUGACAGAUGAUAAGACCGGGAAGAAAACAUGUGUUUGCCCUGGGCUUGGGAUCUUCUACACCAUCCUGUCCACCUUCUUUUUCUCAUCGAGUGCUUUGCUGGUGAAGAAGAUUGAAGACAUGCACUCUGUGCAGAUCAGUACGUAUCGCUGCAUCUUCCAGAUGUUGUUUGUGCUUCCCGGACUCAUUUAUUGCAAGACUGGUUUUCUAGGUCCCAAGAAUCAAAGGAUUUUCCUCUUCCUCCGUGGAUUCCUUGGUUCUGGAGCCAUGAUUCUCCUGUACUAUGCCAUUCAGACCAUGCCACUGGCAGAUGCCACGGUCAUCACUUUCAGCAGUCCCGCCUUCACCUGCAUAUUUGCCUGCAUAUUCCUGAAGGAGAAAUGCACUGUAUGGGAUAUAGUCUUCAUGGUCUUCACUAUAACUGGAGUCAUCCUUAUAGCUCGUCCGCCAUUUCUGUUUGGGUCAAACAACGAUGGCCUGGAGAAAGAUUACUCUGAGCACCUAAAGGGGACGAUUGCUGCAGUAGGAAGUGCCGUCUGUGCCUCGUUGACCCUGGUGGUGUUAAGAAAAAUGGGCAAGUCUGUGCAUUACUUGCUCUCCAUUUGGUAUUACGCUGUUAUCGGUCUCAUCGAGUGCAUCAUUGCCCUGUCAGUUAUUGGUGAAUGGAGUUUUCCUUAUUGCGGCCUAGACAGGUGGCUGCUGGUAAUAAUUGGCAUUCUAGGGUUGGGAGGCCAAACAUUUCUUGUAAAAGCUUUACAAAUCGAGAAAGCUGGAUUGGUAGCCAUCAUGAGGACAAUGGACGUGGUCUUUGCUUUUAUUUUCCAGGCCUUGUUCCUGCACCACACUCCAACAUGGUGGUCGAUUGGAGGGGCCCUGUGCAUCGUGGCCAGUACAGCUGGUGCUGCUGUUCUCAAAUGGUACACAAGCUCAAAAAAGGCAAAAGAAACUGAGUUAUAG